GUGCAUGCCCCCUUUUCAUCCAGAGUUUACCACUGAAGAAUCUUGGGAAAAUGGCUCAGCUGAGUGGGAGCGAAGAUGCUUACUGAGCAGAGGGACAGCUGCUUUGUCCACAUCUGCCUCCUCAGAGAAGGGUGAACUUCUGGACAGUGCCCACGUCAGAGUCCCUUUUUCAAAGUUGAGGUGCUGUGUGCAGUGGCUGAAAGUCAUGGGCCUCUUUGUCUUUGUGGUGGUGUGCUCCAUUUUAUUCAGCUGGUAUCCAGAUCAAGGAAAGUUCUGGCAGUUGUUGGCUGUGUCACCGCUGGAAAGCUACUCUGUGAACCUCAGCAGCCAUGAGGACUCAACACUGCUCCAGGUGGACCUGGCAGGGUCCCUGGCGACUGGUGGACCACCCUAUUCCGGGAGAGAAGAGCAUGUCGUCGUGACGGUGACCCAGAUGGACGCCCUGGGCUCCAGGUGGCGACGGCCACAGCAGGUCACCGAAAAUUGGACUGUACUUUUAAAUCCAAGAAGUGAGCACUCGGUGGUGAGCAGGACCUUUGAGAUAAUGAGCAGGGAGGCUGUUUCCAUCAGCAUCCAGGCCUCCCUCCAGCAGACCCAGCUCGUUCCUCUCUUGCUGGCUCAUCAGUACCUCCGCGUGAGCGCAGAAGCUCAAGUGACCAUCGCAGCGGCCAUCCUCACGGGGGUCUACUUGCUGAUUAUAUUUGAGAUCGUUCACAGAACACUGGCAGCCAUGUUGGGGGCCCUUGCAGCAUUAGCAGUGCUGGCUGUGGUUGGUGAUAGACCCAGCCUGACCCAAGUGGUGGAGUGGAUUGAUUUUGAGACCCUGGCCCUGCUGUUUGGCAUGAUGAUAUUAGUAGCUAUAUUUUCAGAAACUGGGUUUUUCGAUUAUUGUGCUAUAAAGGCAUACCAGGUAUCCCGAGGGAGCGUGUGGACCAUGAUCAUCGUGCUGUGUCUCAUCGCUGCUGUCCUUUCUGCCUUCUUAGACAACGUCACCACCAUGCUCCUCUUCACUCCUGUGACCAUAAGGUUAUGUGAGGUGCUCAACCUCGAUCCAAGACAAGUCCUGAUUGCAGAAGUGAUCUUCACAAACAUUGGAGGAGCUGCCACUGCCAUUGGAGACCCACCAAAUGUCAUCAUUGUUUCCAACCGGGAGCUGAGGAAAAUGGGCCUGGACUUCGCUGGAUUCACAGCACACAUGUUCAUUGGGAUUUGCCUCGUUCUCUUGGUCUCCUUUCCUCUCCUCAGACUCCUUUACUGGAACAAAAAGCUUUAUAACAAGGAACCCAUUGAGAUUGUUGAACUGAAGCAUGAGAUUCACGUCUGGCGCCUGACUGCCCAGCGCAUCAGCCCAGCCAGUCGUGAGGAGACAGCUGUGCGUGACCUGCUGCUGGGGAAGGUGCUGGCCCUGGAGCACCUGCUGGCCAGAAGGCUGCACACCUUUCACAGACAAAUCUCACAGGAAGAUAAAAAUUGGGAGACCAAUAUCCAGGAGCUACAAAAAAAGCAUAGGAUAUCAGACAGGAUUCUACUUGUCAAAUGCCUGACGGUGCUGGGGUUUGUUAUCUUCACAUUUUUUCUCAGUUCCUUUGUCCCUGGCAUUCAUCUUGAUCUUGGAUGGAUUGCUAUUCUGGGUGCCAUCUGGUUGCUAAUUUUAGCUGAUAUCCAUGAUUUUGAGAUAAUUCUACACAGAGUAGAGUGGGCAACCCUUUUAUUCUUUGCAGCACUCUUUGUUCUGAUGGAGGUAAGACUUUAGAACUUUUGCACU